AUGUCUCUCAUCCCACGUUACAUCGAGCAGGAGUUCGCUCCAGCACGGGACCUUUUCCGGCUGUUCGACGACUAUGCCUCUCACGUCCAAAGCAGAGGCGGCAACGGACUCGUUCCAGCCGGUGCUUUCAAGCAGCUUCGCACCUUCACACCCAAGUUUGACGUGAAGGAGACCAAGGACAGCUAUGAGCUGCACGGCGAACUCCCAGGCAUCGAACAGAAAAACAUCCACAUCGAAUUCACCGAUGCCCAGACUCUCACCAUCAAGGGUCGCACCGAGCACACCCGCGAGGAGGGAACUCGUCCAUCUGGUCGGAUCGAAGGUGGAAAGCAAGGCCAGAUCACCGAAGGCGACUCCAACGGUAACUACCACAAGCCAUCCGUCGAGGACGAGCAAGCCCAAAUGUCCGGUGGCAACCCAGGCGCACAGAAGGAGGGCCAGACACAGGUCCAGAAAUCCGAGGAGCAGAAGAAGGACGAGGGCCGCUACUGGGUCUCUGAGCGCUCAGUCGGCGAGUUCGUCCGUACCUUCUCUUUCCCCACCCGAGUCGACCAGGAGAAGGUCAAGGCCAGCCUGAAGGACGGCAUCCUCUCCAUCGUCGUCCCUAAGGCCCAAGCGCCAACCAGCAAGCGCAUCAACAUUGAGUAA